GGAUUCAACCCAUAAAUCCAUCACGAAAAACAUAUAACGUUUAUUGUUCUCCGACGCCACCACACAACUCAUCCUGCUCUGAUUGCCUCCUAGUUCAAGCGUCUAUACAGAGAAAAAAACAUGUCUGAAGGACCGAAAAAAACUAAGUAUACUGCCACAAGGCGGCUGCUCUUGAAAAGCAAAUUAUUGAAGAAGGCCACGUCCAUGCUGGCAGCUGAAAAAGAGCAGAAUAAAAGAGAGAGGGAUGAGGCUCUUAAUGAGAGGGUUCCUCCUCUCAAACUAUCUGGUCUGUCUGCACAGGAGCUCCAGGAACUUUGCAGAGAACUUCACCGCAAGAUUGAUGUUGUUGAUGAGGCGCGAUACGAUCUUGAAAUUAAAGUGGCUAAAAAUGAAAUAGAGAUCCAGUCGUUGACUCAGAAGAUUUGGGAAAUGAAGGGUACAAAGCAACGAACCAAACUGAAGAGAGUUAAGAAGUCACACGAUGCCAAACUCGAUGCGCUGACUGAAUCCAAAAUGUCAUCAAAGUCCGAUUUCAAAGCCAACCUGAAGACCGUAAAGAAAGAAGAAGAGAAGAAAGAAGAGGUGACUGACUGGCGUAAGAAUGUGGAGGCUAUGUCUGGAAUGGAGGGCAGGAAGAAGCUGUUUGAUGCUGGACAAUAAAAACAUUACAAAGUAAACUUGUGCCUUGACAAUCCAGCACAUUUACCAAGCUUGUUAAUUCAAGGUUGCCAUUGUUUUUUUACUUCUCAGACUCUGUAA